AUGUCUUUUUCCAAUUCCUUUGGCGACGCCUAUCUGAUGGGCAAGCUGGCCUUCAAGAUCGGCCAGGCUUUCACAAAGGGCAAGAAGUCUGCCCCGGCCGAGUUUCGGGAGGUGGAAAGCCAGCUGUACUCGCUCAGCGCCGCCCUGAAUGCCUUUUCGACGGCCCGCGAGUCGGCCAGCAGCGCGCCGCUGAUCGUCGACGAGUCCAAGCUGCCCAAGAACGUCCCGUCGCACUUUGCCGAGAACCAGGACAUCAUCCUCGGCAUGCUGCGGAGCUGCAAGGAAACGCUAAGCCAUCUCGACUGCAUCGUUCAAAAGUAUAGCAUCAUCGCCACGAGCUCCGACUCGAGCGAGCCGCGGCUGAAACGCUGGAGCCGCGAGUUGAAGUCGGAUUGGAAAAAGGUGGCGUGGACGACCGAGGGCGGCGAUCUGGCGGCUCUCAGAAGCAACCUCACCAUCCAGACCAACAGCUUGAAUCUCAUCCUCGGCGUCGUCAUCAACUCCCAGGCCGAGCGUUUGCAGAGCGACAUGGACCACAUCUCCGCCAUGCUGGGCGACAUACACGAGUGGUAUAUGGAGAACUUGAAGGGGAAGCCAGCAACGGCAACGCUUGGUGUGGCCAAUGCUCCGGCGUUUGGGACCAUGGCCGGGUCAGUGACCGUCCCAGAGGCCGAGGCUCAAGCAAGCCCGUUUGCGGCCCUAUUCUUCGAGCUUCAUCAGCAGUCCGGGCCCAAAUCGACGCUUGUCUGUCCUCGGGCGUCGCUCAGCCAGAAGAUCACGGGCGCCUACUACAGCUCGUCCCUGAAGAGCAACCAGCUGUUCGGCUGUAACUGUGCUUCUGGCGAGGACUCGCACCGGUCGGCAGUCGAGGCGUACGGCCUAUCACCGCUCAGCUUCGCCGCUAGAAUCGCCGGCAGCGAGAGGGCCUGGCUCUUGUACAAGGUGGCAAACAGAGUCACAGACCAGCUCACAACGCUUGUCGUCAGGGGCGUGCCACCAGAAGUCAUGCACGACUUUGAAGAGCUGCUGGUGCACGGCCUCAGUGUCAUCCAGACAAGGCAGAUGCUGCGUCGAAGCAUGAGCACGAUGCUCGCGCACGCCUCCAACAACGACAAGGGACCCCCGAGGGCGAACAUAUUGGACCUUGUCAGCAACGCGACUACUCUACACCGGUCUGUCAAUACCGCCAGGUUCACAUCGGGCAGCGUCACCUACAGCCGCGACAGCGUCGAGUUUGUCCAGAAGCUCCACUACAAAUCCAUCGACCUGGACCGUAUCCUCGACGAAGCUGUGCUACCGCAGAGCGCCUUUGAAGAGGAGCGGAAAGUCGAGAUUGUCAUCACUUACGGCAAGCAGGAGGCCAAGGCCUCGGCGGACGGCAUCGUCCGGACCAUACUGGACCUACGCUGGAACUCGGAAACGCUAGGGCGCCCGACGGCCUCGGCCACGGCUGCGCUCGAAUUCGGGUCAGCAGAAGGCGCCGCGCAGUUCCACCAAGAAAUGGAGGAUAUUCGGAUGGGCCUCUUUGUGAUUCACCUCGAGCACCCGCGAGACGACGAGAAAACUCUGAUCAAGCUACAGGCGCAGGAUGUGCACACGGAGAGAAUGCACAUCUGCGAUGCUGAUAUACACAUUCUGCAAAACACGACCACGCAGCGGCUCCGGCUUGUGGUGCGAAGCAAGAAUGGGUUCUCGGUCCUCAGCCAAGAGUUGACCAGAGACUUUUUCCAGACGCUGGCAACUCGCAACCGCCCAGACUACGGGACGUUGUCGUACGAGGUGUACAUGGACGCUUCGGGCAAGAGAAUCGUCAAGCGUUGCCGCCACGGAUUUACGCACCUCGUCUUCUCCGACAGCAAGAUUGAGCGGGUGUUUGCCAUGGGGCUUGCUGCAGUAGGGGGGCCGUCGCGACAGUAUCUGACAGAGGGAACGCAGCCCAUGGAGGGCGUUGUCGAGGGGUGA